CGACACGCACUCUCUGCCAUAUGUAAAUCUCUCGGCAUCGACUCGGAUCCUUCUGUAGGUCAUGGCAGACGGCGAACGAAAGGCGUCCGCGGGCGCUCAGCCCGUCGCGGCCUCUCCUUCUGGCCGUGCCGCAUCUUUCACGCCGCAAUCCCCAUCCCGGGCAUCUGCAACAGCACGAUUGGCAGCGCCCGUCUCGACCUCGCCAGCCAGCAGCUCGCAGAUCCCAGCAGCACGACCCCAACACGGGACACCGCAACGACCUGCCACUCCUCUUGCGGGUGCCGCUCCCGGCUCUUUGCCUGGCCCUGGGGCCUCGUCAUUGUCACAAGCCCUGAGUGCGUCGAAUCAUGCGAGAAUCGCCAGCCAGUCCUACACGAGCCCUCUCGGACAGAGUCCACAUGGCCAGGAAGAAAUCGAAGUCCUAAGGCGGCAUUUGGUGGGGCGCCCCGAGGCCGGAUCGGAGCCGAGCUCUUACCGGAGACCAAGCCAUCUGGAGCACGGCACCGAUGCACCAAGCGCAUCCAUGGAGGACGGAGAGUUCUCCAGUCUGCAAUUGCAAGGCGGGGACACCACUCGCCACAUCUAUCGUUAUGCCGAGAAGCGUGAGCGCCAGCAGGCCGAUGCACAGGACAGGGGCACGGGAAGGUUGAAGCGCAGCCUGAGUGCCACCUUGCCCAAGGACGACUCGGAGGCCGACAAUAUCCAAAACAUCCAAGUCCCCGGCGGAUUCAGACGCGAGCACCUCCGUCGAGCAGCCGCCUCCCCAGUUCGGCCCAGCAUAAAUGGCACGCAUUACGGCGCAAUCAACAGACGAGCUUAUACUGAGCCGCCCCGACCAAACCCCCAAUUCGUCACAAGCAAUUUCAUCGAGUUCCUGACACUAUACGGCCACUUCGCGGGAGAAGAAUUGGACGAGGAUGACGAAGUGCUCGGCCCGGACGAAUACUUCUCUUCUGAUGCCGCUACAAUGGAGGAUGGCGAUGAUCAAUCCGACGACGGCUGGGGUGAACAAUCUGCCCUUCUCACGCCGGGCAGACGGAAACGGAAACGCAGAGUCCGCAAUGCUGGCAAAGGCACGCCAUUCGGUGCCGCUCUCCUUCUGCUCAAAUCUUUCGUUGGCACAGGAGUUCUCUUCCUACCGCGCGCAUUCUACAACGGCGGCAUGCUCUUCUCCUUCCUCAUCCUGAUCGCCCUCGCGCUCCUCUCCUACUACUGUUUCAUCAUCCUCGUGGCAACGCGAUUGAAGGUGCCGAUGUCGUACGGCGACAUGGGCGGCAAGAUUUUCGGCCCUUAUUUCCGCGGGCUCAUCAAUUUCAGCCUGAUCCUCUCGCAGAUCGGGUUCACCAGCGCCUACAUUGUCUUUGUAUCCGAGAACAUCCAAGCCCUCAUCCUCGCAGUCACCGAUUGUAAGACGAGCAUUGAGAUCAAAUGGGUCAUUCUGGCGCAGGUGAUUAUCUUCCUGCCCAUCAGCCUGUACCGCAACAUCAACAACAUUCAGAAAAUGGCCCUACUCGCAGACCUGUUCAUCUGCCUCGGUCUUAUCUACCUUUACUACUACGACAUCAAGACCAUCGUCGACCGGCCUGGAUUUGCGGACUUUGUCAACUUCAACCCGAACUCCUGGUCUCUGUUGAUUGGCACGGCGAUCUUCACCUUUGAAGGUGUCGGUCUGGUUAUCCCGAUCCAAUCGGGCAUGCGUGACCCUUCGAAAUUCCCCGUGGUCCUGGCAAGCGUGACGGCCGUCAUGAGCGUGAUUUUCAUCUCGAUGGGCGCUCUUUCGUACGCAGCGUACGGCUCCAACACGAAGACCGUGGUAAUCCUCAAUAUGCCGCAGGACGACAAGAUUGUCAACGGAGUGCAAUUCCUCUACUCCAUCGCCAUCCUCCUGUCCAUACCAUUGCAGAUCUUCCCGGCCAUUGAAAUCACGAGUCAGCAGCUGUUCAGCAGAACCGGCAAGUACAACCCGUGGAUCAAGUGGCAGAAGAACUGCUUCCGCUUCUUCAUGGUUAUCUUUUGCGCAGGCAUCGCAUGGGCUGGCGCAGAUGACCUUGAUAAGUUUGUGAGUUUGGUGGGGAGCUUUGCCUGUAUUCCGCUGGUGUAUAUCUAUCCCCCACUGAUGCACUACCGUGUUCUCUCGACACGCCUUUGGCAAAAGGUGGCCGACUUUGCCCUCGUUGCGCUUGGGAGCAUCAUGAUGAUUUACACAACCGCGCUGACAGUGGAGAGCUGGGUGAAAGGGUCGAAAGACACCACGCCAGGCUACUGUGAUGGCGUGCGAGGAUUUUGAUCCCUGCACGGCGAGAUCAUUGUAGGCAUGUUGGUUGUAGCAUGGGGUUGUGCUAAACAUAGAACUAGACACCAGUCGCAUCGUCACACCAGAUG